CACACACUCAGCAGCUUCCAUGGAAGUGCUUUGAUGGUAUAUAAGGCUCCUGGGUUCCUCAAGAGCAUCCCAGGAGGAGGACACCCACUGUAGCAGGCAGAGGAGCAGAGGACGCAGAGCCAAGGGCACUGAAGGGACUGAGACAUGGAGGGCAGACGCCUCAUGGAUGAAGACACCUUCACCAAGAACUUCAACAAUGUGGUUUGGCCAAAGGAGACCUACCUGUGCUAUGAGGUGGAGCUGCUGGAUGGCGACUCCAGGGUCCCGCCAGGCCGGGACAAGGGCUUCCUGUGCAACAAGGGUGCCUACAUGUCCAGGACACGUCGCCACGCAGAGAUGCGCUUCCUGGACCUGAUCUCUUCUUGGAACCUGGACCAGAAGCUGUGCUACAGGGUCACCUGUUUCAUCUCCUGGAGCCCCUGUGCUGUGUGUGCUCAGAGAUUGGCUGAGUUUCUGUGGGAGAACAGCCACCUGAGCCUGCGCAUCUUCGCUUCCCGCAUCUACACCAAGAGAAAAUAUGGAGACUACGAGGAGGGACUGCACACCCUACAGGCGGCUGGGGCCCAAAUCGCCAUUAUGGCCUUAGAAGAGUUUGAGCACUGCUGGAAGACCUUUGUAGACCACCAGGGAAGACCCUUCCAGCCCUGGGAUGAGCUG